UAUUGGUCUGUGUACAAGACUUAAUAUUGUGCAAGCAAAGGAGUCGCAAAAAGGAAUAGCUGUCUAUAGAAUGAAAUACGCCAUAGUAAUUGCCUGUGCCGCCCUUGCGGUGGCCAGCAUCAAUGCCGCCAGUGUGCCGGGCGUGCAUCCGGGCGUGCAGCCGGGCGUGCAGCCGGGCGUUAGGGCAAUCGACAACCAACUCUACCGCAGUUAUGUGUGCGUUCAUAAGCCCGAUGGAUUCCGCGCUUUGGUCCCCGGAAGUUGCUCCCAGUACUACGAGUGUCAGUCAGGUGUGGCCCUUGUCAACGUCUGCUCGCGCUUCUUCGAUGCCAAGGCCCAGGGCUGUGUCAACUACAACACUGGCUGCAUUGAGUUUCAGCCUGCAUCGGCAAGCUCUCCUGUAGGAGGCUCGAUCGCCGCAGUGCCGUGUGCGGAGGAAACUACUACCUGUGCACCACAAAUCACAACUACAACAACAUGUACACAACUUAUAACAACUACAACAACCUGCACGCCAUCUAUCACAACCACAACCUGCGCACCAACAACCACAACAACCUGUACACCAGCCAGCGUAACAACCACAACAACCUGUGCGCCAGAAAUUACAACUACAACAACAUGUACACCAGUAAUUACAACUACAACAACCUGUGUACCAACAACCACAACAACCUGUACACCAGUUUCGACAACAACAUGUACCCCAGAAAUUACAACUACAACAACCUGUACACCAGCUUCGACAACAACAUGUACCCCAGAAAUUACAACUACAACAACCUGUGCACCAACAACCACAACAACUUGUGCACCAACAACCACUCCAACCAGUGCACCAACAACCACUCCAACCAGUACACCAACAACCACAACAACCUGUACACCAGCAAUCGUAACAACCACAACAACCUGUGAGCCAGAAAUUACGUCUACAACCACAUGUACCCAAGAAAUUACAACUACAACAACCUGUGCACCAACGACCACAACAACCUGUACACCAGCUACCACAACAACAUGUACCCCAGAAAUUACAACUACAACAACCUGGCCACCAACAACCACAACAACUUGUGCACCAACAACCACUCCAACCAGUGCACCAACAACCACUCCAACCAGUACACCAACAACCACAGCAACCUGUACACCAGCAAUCGUAACAACCACAACAACCUGUGAGCCAGAAAUUACGUCUACAACCACAUGUACCCAAGAAAUUACAACUACAACAACCUGUGCACCAACGACCACAACAACCUGUACACCAACAACCACUCCAACCAGUCCACCAACAACCACAACAACCUGUACACCAGCAAUCGUAACAACCACAACAACGUGUGCUCCAGAAAUAACAACUACAACAACAUGUACACCGGAAAUUACAACCACAACAACCUGUACACCAGCUACCACAACAACUUGUACACCAGAAAUUACAACUACAACAACCUGUGCAUCAACGACCACAACAACCUGUGCAUCAGAGACCACAACAAGCUGUGCAUCAUCAACAACGACAACGGAAUGUGGACCCGUAAACGGAGUCUCCGGUUCUUCGAAGGCGAGGCCAACGUCUGUGCGACCAGCGAAACCCGUGCGCCCUGCCGUUCGUCCCGCAUUGGAAAUCGAUGAACUGUCGGCUCCCCAAGCCCACGAGCUAACCAUCUCCACCUAUACAAAAUACGUGUGCCGCAAAAAGCCAGAUGGCUUCAUGCUGGCGUCCCUGAAGAGCUGCUCCGACUACUAUAUCUGCCGGUAUGGAAAGCCACUGUUGGUGAGCUGCGGCGAUAAAUACUUCAACGCUCUGAAGGGCAUUUGCGAUCUGCCCGAGAACACGCGUUGCGUGCAGCCCCAAGCAUAAAACUUCACGAUGACUUCCUAAACGAAAUCACCAACGAAUUAGCCUCUAAGAGCACUACCUGACCCCACCUUGAUAUUUGUGCCCGAUCGAUUCUUUAUCAUAUGUAUGUACUAAAAUUUCAAUAUAUGCAAAAGCUAAUACAAGCUAAAAAAAAGUUGGGAAUUAUAAAGUAUCCGUACUCCUUUUAGUUCAAAGCUUAAUAAAUACGUGACAACGCA